AUGGUGGUGUUGGGGCUGGCUGUGACAUCCAGUUGCCCUGGCAGCGGGGGCAACAGCCAGUCUGGCAGUGGGGAUCCUCCCGUUUUCCUAGUCGUGGCCACUGGUAAGGUUCGUCGGUCCAUGGGAUCCCCCAAAAUGGCUGAUGGACUCCAGAGAAAGGUGGCAGUACACUGUUAUCCGAAGCUGGUCAGAGAGGCAGAGCGGCGUGUGCCUCUGACUCCCUCUGCCUUCCUGAAGGAGAUGUCUCUUACCACCCAGCAGAGGCUGGCCAGCACCCGGGAGAGGAGGCGGCCCCGGAUUACUCAGCUUCUAGACAUGGGUGAAGCCUCCCAUCACAAGUUCUCAGCAGUUGACCUGGACCAGAGCUUGCUUCAGCCUUUUCCUUCAGAGGUGGUAUUUCAGAACUACGUCCCCUUUGAGGUCUAUGAAGUGCCACUGAUUCUGAGGAACACUGACAAGGUUCCUCGGCUGGUGAAGGUUUUCUUGGAACCGUCGCCUUACUUCAAGUUGACCAGCCCCAGUGGUGUGUGCUAUAAAGUAGCACCUGGCAUGUGUUCAACUUUCCACAUCCUGUUCACCCCGGAGGAGAACAAGGAUUAUUUCCACCAGGUCACUUGCAUCACAGAAAGGGAAAAGUUUAUCGUGCCAAUCCGAGCUGUAGGUGCCCGAGCUAUCCUGGACUUCCCUGACCAGCUGAACUUCUCCGUCUGUCCAGUCAAGUACAGCUCCCAGAAAACUCUGCUGGUUCGCAAUGUGGGUAACCGGGAGGCUCGCUACCGCAUCAGCACUGAGAG